GCCAGUGAAAAAUGUAAACAAAAAUAUGUCAGAACUUUAUUUUUAAUCAAUUUUUAAUAAUAAUUAUUAUUUUUAUUAGAAUAUUUGCUUUUAAAAAAUUGAGUAAAGAAUAGAAGUAAUAGAGAAAUGAUAGUAGAAUAAUAAAAUACUAGUCAGUUUUAGUAAUUAUGAAAUGGAGAAGUAAUAUCAAUACAAGAUGACAUUUAUCGAAAUUUUAGACAGUACAAUUUCUCCUAAUUUAGAAAGUGAUUGUGAAUUAGAUUCGUCAAUUAAUGUUGAAGAAUUGUCUUAUAAUGCGUUCUUUUGCAAAUAUCUCAUUCCUAAUAAACCUUGUAUUAUACAAUCAAACGUGACAAAAGACUGGCUGUGUCGAAAGAAUUGGAUUCAGAAUGAGACUCCAAAUUUUUCGUUAUUACACGAAUUAUUCGACGAUUGUAUUGUUCCUGUUGCUGAUUGUAACAAAAGAUACUACAAUUCUCACCAAAAAAAUGAAAUGCUAGUGAAGAAUUUUUUAAAUUACUGGCAACAAUUAAGAAUUAAUAAUUAUCACGAAAAUGCCUCUUUUCUUUAUCUAAAGGAUUGGCAUUGCAAAAAGGAUCAUCCGGAAAUGAAAUUUUACGAUGUACCGAAAUAUUUCGCCUCCGAUUGGCUCAAUGAAUAUUUUACAGGACAAAAGGAAUUGAAUGAUGAUUAUAUGUUUGUUUACAUAGGUCCGAAAGGAACAUGGACUCCAUUUCACGCCGAUGUUUUUUCCUCCUACAGUUGGUCAGCUAAUGUUUAUGGAAAGAAACGUUGGCUUAUUUUUCCACCUGGUGAAGAGAGACAUCUUCGUGAUUCCUUUGGGGAAUUAAUUUACGAUGUGUCUCAAGAGGAGAAAAUAAAAUUUAACGAUAAGUCUGUGAAAUUCUACGAUAUUAUUCAAGAAACGGGAGAAAUAAUAUUUGUACCCUCAGGAUAUCAUCACCAAGUUUGGAAUUUGGAGGACACAAUUUCAAUAAAUCACAAUUGGGUGAAUGGAUGCAAUAUUUUGAGAAUGUGGUUGGCUUUGCAAAAAGAAUUAUUAUCAGUAAUGAAGGAAAUAGAAGAUUGCAAGGAAAUGGAAAAUUGGACUUCACACUGUCAACUGAUGUUAAAAGCUUCCUAUGGAAUGAAUUAUUCACAAUUUUUCCAUUUUCUGUCCUUUAUUGCCGAGAGGCGAAUAAAAUCACUAAAUCAUGAAAUAUUUAAUAUAUCCUUCGAUUCUUGGAUAUUGGGAAAAAAUCACUCUCUCUUCGAUUUACGACAAAUAAAAAUAGUUCUUGAACACCUAACCAAAGAUGCGAAUGAAAAAGGUAUUUACAAUUUUUUAUGGCAAAAUAACGAAGUAGAAAAUUUGUUAAAAAAUAUUUAUUCAGUUUUAGAAACUUGUAAAUAAAAUAAAUAUGUAAUUUAUGAA